ACUGUUUAGGCUCAGCUGUUAGAUUCUGCUCUUGUCGCCGAGUUGAGUUUUGCAGCAAAUUAAAAUGGUUUUAACGAAAGAAGAGGAGGCAUUCAUUUGCCGCAAGCACGAGCAAACACUUAAGCUCCGCAACGAAUACUUAAAGCAGAGCUCGAAUCCCUUUCGCCAUGCCACCGGAGAGGGCGGCACUGUGUUUGAUGCUGGUCUAGCGCGCUUCCAGGCCAUGCGUGUGUCAAACUAUGAGCAUUUCCGCCCCACAGGACACUCCUUCCGCGUGGGUCUCUUCGCCGUCGUGCUGCCCAUCGCUGUCUACGCCUGGGCCCUAAAGGCCGAACGCGAUGGCCGCGAGAAGAAAUACCGCACCGGCCAGGUUGCCUACAAGGAUCGCCAGUUCAAGUUCGUUUAAGUGCCCAUUUAGCGAAAUUAUACAAAACUGUUAACAUACAA